AGCUGGUUGGCGUGAGGGGCUCCAGGGCUCUGGGCAGGGAAGAUGGCGUCUCGGGCAGGCCCGCGAGCGGCCGGCACCGACGGCAGCGACUUUAAGCACCGGGAGCGAGUCGCCACGCACUACCAGAUGAGUGUGACCCUCAAGUAUGAAAUCAAGAAGCUGAUCUACGUGCAUCUGGUCAUAUGGCUGCUGCUGGUUGCCAAGAUGAGCGUGGGGCACCUGAGGCUCUUGUCGCAUGAUCAGGUGGCCAUGCCCUAUCAGUGGGAGUACCCCUAUUUGCUGAGCAUUGUACCCUCCCUCUUGGGCCUCCUCUCCUUCCCCCGCAACAAUAUUAGCUACCUGGUGCUCUCGAUGAUCAGCAUGGGGCUCUUUUCCAUCGCUCCCCUCAUAUAUGGCAGCAUGGAGAUGUUCCCUGCUGCACAGCAGCUCUACCGCCAUGGCAAGGCCUACCGCUUCCUCUUUGGUUUUUCUGCCGUCUCCGUCAUGUAUCUGGUGUUGGUGCUGGUGGUCCAGGUGCAUGCCUGGCAGUUAUACUACAGCAAGAAGCUCCUAGACUCUUGGUUCACCAGCACACAGGAGAAGAAGCGUAAAUGAAGCCGGCUCGAUGAACUACUGUGUGAGGUGAAGCCUGGGCCUCCCAUCCAGUGGAGUGAGGGUAGAGGAGCUGUUCUGAAACCUCCUUCGGUGAUUUUGGCAGCUGCGAUGUUGGCAACUAGUGCAAACUAGGUCCAAGUUCAGCAAAGCCCCUUCUGUUGCCAUCAGCUGGUAGCAAAACUAUGUUUAAUUUACUCCUGGCUGGUGGAACUGGGUGAUCAGCAGCUGUGAAACAAAUUUCAGCUGGUUGAAGUUGAGAUCCUUCUGGAGCUUUUCAUCCUUGCCUCUUCUUGGUCAUCCUCUCCGCUUCCAUCCAUCACCCCUUAGCCACCGAGACUGAAGGAGAUAGGGAAUAAAUCACAUUCUGCUUCAAUCCAUGAGUCAUGGGGCAGGAAACAUUUGAGGGGCUGCUCCCCUUGCAGGCUGUGGUCUCUACUGUGAAGCAUUUUAAUGAAAAAGAACCUCAAUAAAGUUACAACUGCCU